AGAGUUAUGCGCUCACUAAUGCCUCCAACAAUAACUGUUGACUUUUUAUUUUGUAGUCAGAGAAGCCUGGCAACCGAAAACUAGUUUUUCUCGGGGUUUACGAGAACUGAACUGAAUUGGAAAAUAUUUGUUUUAAUGAAACAAUUUACUCUUGUGCAACAUUAAAUAUGUCAAUCAAGCAAAUAAAGGAAGAAAGCCUUAUUUAUAAAACUGCCUACUUCUGACUUCACUUCAUUGCUUCUCAGGCUCCAAGAGGAGGAAAAAAAAUGAAGAUUUUGAUGCUUGGUAUUUUUCUGUUUUUUUAUAGUACCCAAGCCUGGGCGAAAGAAAAGCAUUAUUACAUUGGAAUUAUUGAAACAACCUGGAACUAUGCCUCUGACAAUGGGGAAAAGAAACUUAUGUCAGUUGAUACGGAACAGUCCAACGUCUACCUUCAAAAUGGCCCAGAUAGAAUUGGGAGGAUAUACAAGAAGGCUCUUUAUCUUCAAUACACAGAUGAAACCUUCAGGACGCUUGUAGAAAAACCAGUCUGGCUAGGGUUUUUAGGCCCUAUUAUCAAAGCUGAAAUUGGACAGAAAGUUUACGUACACUUAAAAAACUUUGCCUCUCGGCCCUACACUUUUCAUGCGCAUGGACUAACUUACUAUAAGGAACAUGAGGGGGCCAUUUAUCCUGAUAACACCACAGAUUUUCAAAAGGUAGAUGACAAGGUGUAUCCAGGACAGCUGUAUACAUACGUGUUGCAUGCCAGUGAUGAACAAAGUCCUGGUGAGGGAGACAGCAAUUGUGUGACUAGGAUUUACCAUUCCCACAUUGAUGCUCCGAAAGACAUUGCCUCAGGACUCAUCGGACCAUUAAUACUCUGUAAAAAAGAUUCUCUGGAUGAUGAAAAAGAAAAAAAUAUUGACCGAGAAUUUGUGGUGAUGUUUUCUGUGGUGGAUGAAAAUCUCAGCUGGUACCUAGAAGACAACAUUAAAACCUACUGCACUGAGCCAGAGAAAGUUGAAAGAGACAAUGAAGACUUCCAGGAGAGUAACAGGAUGUAUUCUGUGAAUGGAUACACUUUUGGAAGUCUCCCAGGACUCUCCAUGUGUGCAGAAGACAGAGUGAAAUGGUAUCUUUUUGGGAUGGGUAAUGAAGUUGAUGUGCAUGCAGCUUUCUUCCAUGGACAAACAUUGACUAACAAGAAUUACCGUAUUGAUACAAUCAAUCUCUUUCCUGCUACCCUUUUUGAUGCUUUGAUGGUGGCCCAGAGCCCUGGAGAAUGGAUGCUUAGCUGUCAGAAUCUAAACCAUCUGAAAGCUGGUUUGCAGGCCUUUUUCCAGGUCCAGGACUGUAACAAAUCUCCAUCAAAGGUUGGUAUCCCCGAGAAACAGAUUAGACACUACUACAUUGCUGCUGAGGAAAUCAUCUGGAACUAUGCUCCCUCUGGUACAGACAUCUUCACAAAAGAAAACUUAACAGCACCUGGAAGUGACUCAGAGGUAUUUUUUGAACAAGGUGCUACAAGAAUUGGAGGCUCUUAUAAAAAGCUGGUUUAUCGUGAGUACACAGACGCCUCCUUCACAAAUCGAAAGCAGAGAGGCCCUGAAGAGGAACACCUUGGCAUCCUGGGUCCUGUCAUUUGGGCAGAGGUGGGAGACACCAUCAGAGUCACCUUCCAUAACAAAGGAGCACAUCCCCUCAGUAUUGAGCCAACUGGGGUGAGAUUCAGCAAGAACAACGAGGGUACAUACUAUGCCCUACAUUCCAACUCCCCACAUGGAAGUGCAUCUCCUUCUUCAGCCUCCCAUGUGGCACCCAAAGCAACGUUCACAUACGAAUGGACUGUUCCCGAAGAAGUAGGACCUACUUAUGCAGAUCCUGUGUGCCUAUCUAAGAUGUAUUAUUCUGCUGUGGAUCUCACCAAAGAUAUAUUCACUGGGCUUAUUGGGCCAAUGAAAAUAUGCAAGAAAGGAAGUUUACAUGCAAACGGAAGACAGAAAGGUGUAGAUAAGGAGUUCUAUUUGUUUCCCACAGUAUUUGAUGAGAACGAGAGUUUACUCCUGGAUGAUAACAUUAGAAUGUUUACAACUGCACCUGAUCAGGUGGAUAAGGAAGAUGAAGACUUUCAGGAAUCUAACAAGAUGCACUCCAUCAAUGGAUUCAUGUAUGGGAAUCUGCCUGGUCUCAAUAUGUGCCAAGGAGACUCAGUCGUCUGGUACUUAUUCAGUGCUGGAAAUGAGGCUGAUGUACACGGAAUAUACUUUGCAGGAAACACAUAUCUGUCAAGAGGAGAAAGGAGAGACACAGCAAACCUCUUCCCCCAGACAAGUCUUACGCUGCUCAUGCGACCUGACACGGCAGGGACGUUUGAUGUUGAGUGCCUUACAACUGAUCACUACACAGGCGGCAUGAAGCAGACAUACACUGUGAACCAAUGCCUGCGGAUAUUCGAGCAUUCCCCCUUGUACCGAGGAGAGAGGACCUACUACAUUGCAGCAGUGGAGGUGGAAUGGGAUUAUUCCCCACGCAGGGAAUGGGAAAAGGAGCUGCAUUACUUACAAGAGCAAAAUAUUUCAAAUGCAUUUUUAGAUAAGGAAGAGUUUUUUAUAGGCUCAAAGUACAAGAAAGUUGUGUAUCGGCAAUAUACGGAUAGCACAUUCAGAGUUCCAGUGGAGAGAAAAGCUGAAGAAGAACAUUUGGGAAUUCUAGGUCCACAACUUCACGCGGAUGUUGGAGAAAAAGUCAAAAUUAUCUUUAGAAACAUGGCCACAAGGUCCUACUCAAUACAUGCCCAUGGGGUGAAAACGGAGAGUCCUACAGUCACUCCAACAUUGCCAGGUGAAACUCGCACUUACAUGUGGGAAAUCCCGGAAAGAUCUGGAGCUGGAAUGGAGGAUUCCGCUUGUAUUCCAUGGGCUUACUAUUCAACCGUGGAUCAAGUUAAGGAUCUCUACAGUGGAUUGAUUGGCCCGCUGAUUGUCUGUCGAACACACUACAUGAGAAUAUUCAAUCCCCAAAAGAAACUGGAAUUUUCCCUUUUGUUUCUAGUUUUUGAUGAGAAUGAAUCUUGGUACUUAGAUGACAACAUCAAGACAUACUCUGAUCAUCCUGAGAAAGUAAACAAAGACAGUGAAGAAUUCAUAGAAAGCAAUAAAAUGCAUGCUAUUAAUGGAAGAAUGUUUGGAAACCUACAAGGUCUCACAAUGCAAGUGGGCGAUGAAGUCAACUGGUAUCUGAUGGGAAUGGGCAAUGAAAUCGACCUGCACACUGUGCAUUUUCACGGCCACAGCUUCCAAUACAAGCACAGGGGCAUUUAUAGUUCCGAUGUCUUUGACAUUUUCCCUGGGACAUACCAAACCCUAGAAAUGUUUCCAAAAACACCUGGAAUCUGGUUACUUCACUGCCAUGUGACCGACCACAUUCACGCUGGAAUGGAAACUACUUACACCGUUCUACCAAAUGAAGCAUCUUCUCAGACUCACAGGAGGAUAUGGAAUGUGAUCUAUCCAUUCACAGUCAGCAUCAUUAUUUUAUUCCAAAUAUCUACCAAGGAAUGGCUACGGGAAUAAGACUCGUCUCCACCCUCAACACGUGCACUACUUGUUCCCUUUGAUCAAGAAUCCAACACCCUCAGCCCUGACACUACAGGACCGGAAUCCACUGGCUUCUCAUCUUCCUCCCCUAGACAAUCAUGACUGUGGCUCUAAGGAAAGGUGUCGGCAACGUGAGAGAAGGGGAACCAUGACAAUUGUGGCAAAGGGCAAGAUUUUUACUAUUCAUUGUGUCAUUCCAAACAGUAGCUUUUGGACAUGUGGAUGAUUUAUGGAUUGUUUUCAUUUUAGUUAUUGCACAAAUAUACUAUUACAGUGAUUGAGGACAACAGAGAAAGAAUCAUCUAUGUUGUGGGUGGGUACAGGGAGAGUCGUACCAUUUUCAAAAAGCUCUCUAGGUGACUCUGAGCCUCCCCAUUCCUCUAGGUGAGAACCAGUAAGAUCUUUUCAUUUCUCAAUGGUUUUUUUGUUUCUUAAUAACUUAGAUUAAUUGACCUAUAGAUAAUUUAGAAAGAGCUAUAAUUAGGAAAAAGACUUAGAAAAAUUUAGGGACACUAUGUUUCUCUCCUUUAAUAGCAAAGAAUGUACUGUUUUAAAAUAUUUUAAAAUAAAUUUUAAAA